UAAGCAUUGCGCACUCUGUGACGUAGCCGGAAGUAUCGCUGAGGUGUACAUGCUAUGAGCAGUCGAAUUUAUGCUAGUGUUAGCUUCACUUAGCAUUUCAUUUUAAUUCGAACGAUCGCAUACUCCAAACAGAGAUGCCUUCACUAAACGGAAAACCCGAUGUCAUGUUUGAGGAUGAUGAUCUGCCUUACGAAGAGGAAAUCAUCAGGAACCCAUACUCUGUAAAGUGCUGGAUGCGUUACAUUGAAUUCAAACAGAAUGGAUCCAAAUCGAUACUCAACAUGAUUUAUGAGCGAGCACUGAAAGAACUGCCUGGCAGCUAUAAGCUCUGGUAUAAUUACCUGAGAGAGAGGAGGAAACAAGUUAAAGGCAAAUGUAUCACCGAGCCAACCUAUGAAGAGAUCAACAAUUGCCACGAAAGAGCACUGGUGUUCAUGCACAAGAUGCCUAGAAUAUGGCUUGAUUACUGCCAGUUCCUUGUGGGCCAGUGCAAGACCACGAGAAGUCGGCAAACAUUUGACCGUGCACUCAGAGCCCUUCCUGUUACUCAGCACCCACGCAUCUGGCCUCUUUAUCUACGCUUUGUCCGAAACCUGCCACUGCCAGAGACAGCCAUCCGAGUGUACCGCAGAUACCUUAAGCUUUCACCGGAGAAUGCAGAGGAGUACAUAGACUACUUAAGGUCUGUCGGCCGUUUGGAUGAAGCAGCUGUGCGUUUAGCAGCCGUUGUCAAUGACGAAAGCUUUGUGUCGAAGGAGGGCAAGUCCAACUACCAGCUUUGGCACGAGUUAUGCGACCUGAUCUCUCAGAACCCUGAUAAAGUGACGUCUCUGAAUGUAGGAGCCAUCAUCAGAGGAGGCCUCACCCGCUUCACAGACCAACUUGGAAAACUCUGGUGUUCUUUAGCUGACUAUUACAUCCGGAGUGGCCACUUUGAGAAGGCUCGGGAUGUGUAUGAAGAGGCUAUCCUUACUGUUGUAACAGUGAGAGAUUUCACACAAGUGUUUGAUAGCUAUGCUCAGUUUGAAGAGAGCAUGAUCGCAGCAAAGAUGGAGACGACUGCUGAGAUAGGACAGGAUGAAGAUGAUGACAUUGACCUGGAACUUAGACUUGCCCGCUUUGAGGAGCUGAUCGCCAGGCGGCCCCUCCUUUUGAACAGUGUACUGCUGAGGCAGAACCCUCACAAUGUCCAUGAGUGGCACAAACGGGUAAAACUCUACGACGGCAACCCAAGACAGAUAAUCAACACGUACACUGAGGCAGUACAGACUGUGGAUCCAAUGAAGGCAACAGGGAAGCCUCACUCUCUCUGGGUUUCAUUUGCUAAGUUUUAUGAGGAAAAUGAGCAGCUGGAUGAUGCAAGGACAAUUUUUGAAAAGGCUACCAAGGUGAGCUACAAGCAGGUGGAUGACCUUGCUGCAGUGUGGUGCGAGUAUGGAGAGAUGGAGCUACGCCAUGAAAACUAUGAUCAAGCACUGCGCAUACUGAGGAAAGCUACAGCCAUCCCAUCCAAGAAGGCUGAGUAUUUUGACGUUUCCGAACCUGUCCAAAACAGAGUCUACAAGUCCUUGAAGGUCUGGUCUAUGCUUGCAGACUUGGAGGAGAGUCUGGGCACUUUCCAGUCUACAAAAGCUGUGUAUGACCGCAUUAUUGACCUUCGCAUUGCCACGCCACAGAUCAUCAUCAAUUAUGCCAUGUUUCUUGAAGAACACAACUAUUUUGAGGAAAGCUUCAAAGCAUAUGAGCGUGGUAUUGCUCUCUUCAGGUGGCCAAAUGUUUAUGACAUCUGGAACACUUACCUCACCAAGUUCAUUGAUCGUUACGGAGGCAAGAAGCUGGAAAGGGCCAGAGAUCUAUUUGAACAAGCCCUGGAUGGCUGUCCUGCCAAGUUUGCCAAGACUAUUUACUUGCUGUAUGCCAAAUUGGAAGAGGGAUAUGGAUUGGCACGACAUGCUAUGGCUGUCUAUGAAAGAGCAACACAGGCUGUAGACACUGAUGAGCAGCAUCACAUGUUCAACAUCUACAUUAAGAGAGCAGCAGAAAUCUAUGGAGUCACAUAUACCAGAGCAAUUUACCAGAAAGCUAUCGAGGUCCUUCCCGAUGAGUUCGCGAGGGACAUGUGUCAGCGAUUUGCUGACAUGGAGAGUAAACUGGGAGAGAUUGAUCGGGCCAGAGCAAUCUUCUCCUACUGCUCCCAGAUCUGUGACCCCAGGGUGACAGCAACUUUCUGGCAGUCCUGGAAAGAAUUUGAGAUCCGCCAUGGAAAUGAGGACACUAUUAGGGAAAUGCUGAGGAUCAAACGCAGUGUCCAGGCCACAUACAACACCCAGGUCAACUUCAUGUCCUCUCAGAUGAUGAAGGCCACAACAAAUUCCACAGUGUCAGAUCUUGCUCCAGGCCAAAUGGGAAUUGAUGAUAUGAAGAUGUUGGAGCAGAAAGCACAGCAGCUCGCUGCAGAGGCUGAGCAAGAUAAACCCAAGCCCAAAGAGAAGAUUCUGUUUGUCAGGAGUGACACCUCUCGCAGUGAGUUGGCAGAGCUUGCCAAACAAGCCAAUCCAGAUGAAAUUGACAUAGACGAUGAUGACGAGGAUGACAAUGAUGAAAAUCAGGGACCAGAGGAGGUGCAACUUGAACAGAAAAGUGUUCCCACAGCUGUCUUUGGGGGUCUUAAGGAGGAUUGAACGCCUCUAGAAUCUUCAGACUUCUUCAGAUUACAUGUAUAGACAUUGAAAAAGUCCAAUUUACACGUGUAUAGAUGCUUGGUUUUUGAUGUAUUUUGAUAUGGGGUAACUAGAGUAGAAAACAGAAAGGCAGCAUUCGUGCCUUUAUGCAUUUUCUCUAUGGGUUUUGUAUUACAGUACACAAAGGUAUUAGCUAGUAUUGAAAUUUGUCUUUAGUUAUCAGUUUUUCUCAAGCAUUUAGCUCAAGAAAAAUGAUGGAGGUUGAGUAUUGUUCUUAUAAAAAAGUCAUAUUUGGUUCUAUCAUAACUGUACCUGAUUUAUUUGAUUUCAAACAUUUGUCAGGAUUUACUGUGAAAACACUUUUGUAAACCCACUGGAUGCAGAGAUAUUUCCCUGACAGUUGCAGAUAACAUCUUUUAACAGGGGACAUUUAAUUGAGAGCAAACUGAGCAUUUCAUACUCACAUUGUUGUCUUGAAAAUCAUCAAAGGUGGUUGACUCCUAAAAACCAAUGUUUCAAAAAAGAUGAAGUUAUUUAUCUAAGACAUUGUCAAAAGCAUGUUAUUAUAUAGUGCGCUCUGGACAGUUUGUCAUAAAGACUGACUAAUAGAAAGCCUGUUUACAGUUUCAAAAACAGGUGAAAAUCCAGUAGCUCUGUAAGAAAUGCUAUUUAGGAGAAAUCUACUAGGUUAUUUGUGAGCAGUUACCCUGGUGACAAACUGGUCUUUGGUCUCUAAAAUCCUUUUGUCUUUAAAAAAAAAUCUUUAAAUUGUCAUAAAAAAUGUAAACAUAGUGACUUUUAUGUAACAUGGUAUCAUUUUGUUUUUUCAUAAAAACAUUUAAAUAAAUUAACCCAGCAUGUAAGUCUCAUGCUUUUAAUUCAA